AUGGUCGGAAACAAAUGUCAGAGAUGGGAAAACGGGCAGAAAGGGGCGGAGAUGUGAGUCAGCGGGGCAGGAUCCUUCCAUAAACAUUAAAGACUGGAAGGGUCUGUUAUCUUUGUGCACGUCAUUCCUCUUGGAAUUUUUUGUGGAAAGAACAAAUAUAAGUCAAAAGAGCGUCUGAAACUUUCCAGUCAUAAUCCUGUAAUUUCAGCGUCCGCGACUCGCAGCUCACCGACUACGACAUCAGCGAUUUCAAUGCUCACGAAGAGCCGCACUACCACACCGUGCUCACCAACCAACAGCUCCAGCAGCAGAGGCCAUCGGCUAUUCAAGAGGAACGCCGUCGCACGACUGCCGAUUCAGAUGAUUAUGUGAAGGUCUCCGAGCCAAUCUAUGACUAUCCGCCGAAAACGGAGCAGAAGAGAAUCAGUCCGACGGAGGCCGCUCAGUUGCAGGAACUUUAUCAAGAGUACGACUUGGGAUUGGAUAUCCCGGGAGUUGCUCCGAUCGCCACGAAGCCGCCACAGCAGCAGCAACGUCCCAUUCAAAUUCAACAGCAGCAGGUGAUCACGAAUCAGCCGAAUGUGAUGAUCAGACAGGAUUCGGUUCCACAGUCACCCAGAACUGUGAUCAACGUGCCGAUCAGCAGAAAGACUGAAGUGCCCAUUCAAGGGCAACCUCAGCAGCAAGGAUCCCAGCCAGCAUUCUCGUACAAUGUUCCCGUCCAAGUCAAGGAUGACCCACGAAACCUGGCCACUGCGGAUCUGUUUGUGCAAGACGCACUGGAGUACAUUGGUCAUCAGGACAAGAGUAACAACGCCGGAGCAUUUGUGAUGGAGGAGGAGAUGCUGAGCAGUCAUGAGCCAGCGCCUGAUUCCGGAAAGAAGAGGGCUCCGGCCAAACAUCCUUCAAUCGAGGCGACCAGCAGACAGGUGAGAACGAACGAUGUGUUCGAGAGGGUGGAGCACGACGAGCACGACGACAUGACUUAUGCUCCGGAGAUCCAGUCGGUCGAGAUUCCACCUGAUCAGAUGAGCGAGACCAGCGAGAACAUGAUCGACUACUUCGACAAAGUCGCCGCCGAAUCGGAGCAGCAAAUUCAAAGUGAGCAAUCUUUCGAAGUAUUCGAUCGAUUCAAAAUGCAUUCUUUCAGAUCUCCAACAGCAACAACAGAACACUCUGAAGAAGCAACAGGUACCGUACUCUCCGCCCACUUUUCUCUCACUUUCUCUGUGUCUACUCCUAUUUUCCUCUCUUUCCUGUGUGCGUAGAUCUACUCAAAGUAGUUCAAAUGUCAUCGUUCGCAAAUCAGAAUAACCGUUUACUCUCUAAUCAAUCCGUGUCAUUUUUAGAUAGAGCCGAUUCCCGACUCAUCGCUGUUGAAGCCCGUCGGUCGGGUAAGCCCUUUUCAUGUCACAUUUCCGUACUGUACCGGUGCCAGACAGACCAACCACGUGCCUCGUCCUUGGUCCUCCAUUCCCUCGUCUUCCUCCCUUUCUCUCCUGCAUGUUUCUUCUUCCAGGCACCACAGAUCCUGCCGGCCUUUGGCAACCGUGCUCCAAGCAACUCUUCUCUCGGCUCAGCUGGAAGAUCUGGAAGCGCCGUGAGCAGCAGCGAUAUCUAUCCGUACCGCCAUCUCCGCAAACAGAGCUCACUUCUUUCCGUGCUCGGUGUCACUUCAAUGCAAGAGAUGCUCCUCACCAUCACCAGUCUUGACUCGCUCUCCGAGGCGAUGAGAAGGCGGGUCUCGAAACGACCAAUUUGAUCUUCGGAAUCGACUACACCGCCAGUAACAAGUACCAGGGAGAAGAGUCGUUCGGAGGACGCAGUCUGCACACAAUCCAUCCGCACGUAAAGAAUCCAUAUCAACAAGUUAUCACCAUUUUGGGAAGGACAUUGGCUCCGUUCGCCGGGGACGGAAACAUCGGGGUCUAUGGAUUCGGAGACGCUAAAACGGGCGACUGGAGCACAUUCAACCUGAAGACCGCCGGAGACUGCAGAAGUCUAGAUGAAGUUCUCCACGUGUACAACACAGUCACUCCGACCGUUGCUCUUUCCGGACCCACGAACUUUGCGCCGUUGAUCUAUCAAGCUAUGGAGAUCUGCCAAAAGUCGAGAGAUGUAAACAAUCAGAAGACGUUUUAUUCACAAAACUAUUCAUUUUCAGUACCACAUUCUGGUUAUCAUUGCCGACGGACAAGUGACGAACGAGCGCGCGACUCGGCGAGCCAUCGUCCAAGCCUGCCAGCAUCCUCUUUCGAUCAUUGUCGUUGGAGUUGGAGAUGGUCCGUGGGACAUGAUGAGGGUGAGCGUUGAUCAUAGAUAAGGUCCCAAGUAGUCUGAAAUUUGCAGAUAUUCGACGAAUCGCUUCCGAAGAGACCGUGGGAUAAUUUCCAUUUCGUCGAGUACCAUGACAUUAUCAAGAAGUCCACGUGUCUUGAAGACGGAGACGUCAAAGUGGCAGUUCAGUCACUUCUGGAAAUUCCAGAUCAAUACCGGUAACCUCAUCAAAUCUCAACGAAAAACGAAGCGUUUUCUUUUCAGAUGCAUCUGCGAACUCGGCCUUCUGGACAGAUCAAUUCCGCCACGUGGCAGCGAAAUCCGACGCGAGAUGAUGCAUAAUCCUUUGUAAACUUACCGUCCGCACUAUUUUAGCUUCUCUCUCAGCUUCUUUCCUUCUUGCCCUUGAUUUCGUCGAACGAAACACAUCCCUAGACACCCCCAAUCUAACCAAAACUAUCAAAAAGUAAUUCAUUUCGGCCAAUCCGGUACAUUCUAUCUUCUUCUUCUUCUUUAUCUUCUUCUUCUUCUUCUUCGUCUCCCAUUUUUUUCGUUUUCUGAAACUAUUCGAUAAACUGUUAGAAAUGACACAAAAUUAACUGUUCUUUGCACCGAAAACAUUCCGAAAACGAACAAAAGUAGUGUUUUGUUCGCAACUUUGUACGGGAACAAGAAAAGAACUUCAACUGAUUGGCUGGUGUGUAAAAGUGUGUGCCAAGUGCGGUUUAUGUCUGUUUUUCCUGUUCGUUUUAUGUUUUUCAAUCGGUAAGCAGUUUACGAACAGAUACUGGUUUCGUGAUGACAAAACAGUGUUUUUUGAUGGUGUAGGUCGUCGCGGUUUAACGAGAAUUCAUGGAGAGAGUAUUGGAUUACGGUGUCUCAUGCUCACAGGAUUCUGAAUUUGUUGAAAAGGGAAAGGGCGAAAGAAAGUUGCUCGUCCGUUCGUCCCCCGCUCGUAACAUUAUUUUUAUGGUUCCCAUUCGGACCGUUCCCUGUUUCCCAUCCUCCGCUGAUGAAAACAUUUGAUUUUCAGCUUUGUUCUCGUUCUCUUUCUCACUUCAAAACAAGAUGUUUGAUUACAAGUAGCUGCUCACACUUUUCCGAGUUGAUCAGUAAUCUGUAGUUUUUGUAAUUUCCGCAUGACGCCCUGUCGUUCGCAUUGUUUAUGUCUGAGAGGAUUAUGCAAACGAAGAAAGAAGCAACAAAAAAGAGCUGAUAUAAAAGACGAAUGGGGGACGAAUCAAUCAGUUCGCACACAAAAAGAGAAAGGAGAGCGGCCGGACCGGUUCGCACAUAAAACCAUCAAAAUUGUCGGUCGCUUCUAUGCCGCUCUUCGGACAUAUUAUCCGUUCGUAUCAGUGACAUCUUUUAAAGGUCUUCUUUUCUUCGCCUGCUUCUCUCUUUCCACCAACCUCUUUCGCGUAGAGAUACCGUUUGAAUCAAUAUGAAAUCAUCUUUGUUACUGCUGAACUUUGCCUACUCGCCUACACCUCCUGCGGCCGUAGUCAUUCCGAAAUCCCCGCCCCAACAGUCGGUGUUUUCAUGUCCUCCUACCUCCUAUUUUCAAUACAAGGUCGCCAGUUUUCAGAGAGAUGGCUCUCGACAAGGGGACCUGGAAUGUCGUUCAACUCUCCGUCUCGUUCAUGCUCCAAUUCUUCUCCUACAUGAGUCAGGAGUUCAUCCAAGAACCGUUGAUUGAGGCCGAAUCGCAGAGAACUGGAAAGAUUGAUCCCCAUGCUGGAUAUCACAGGUACCACUUCCGCAAGUCACAAAUAUAAAGUGCACUGCUUCAGUUUUGCAAUUCUCUACUUUUUCUUCACAAUCUCAUGCCUCUUGGUCACCCCUAUUGUUGAAAAGAUCACUGCGAAAUGGUCGAUGGUGCUCGGUUUGGUUGCCUACAUUGCAUUUCAAGCAGGCUUUCUCCAAUUGAACGAAGUCUAUUUAUAUGUCACUUCCGCCGGAUUGGGAAUCGGAGGAGCUUGUGAGCAGCCGCUUGAAACACUCCGAAACAUUACUGGAUUUCAGUCCUUUGGAUCGCUCAAGGAAAAUAUUUGACCGAAAAUUGUACGGGUAAAACAAUCGAACGAAAUACGUCACUUAUGUGGGUCAUCUUCAAGAUCUCGUGAGUUGAGAACAGAACAAAAUUGCCAUGGUCAUGAAUGCUCAGAUUACUUGGCGGAGGUAUAUUCCUCUACUUUAUGUUCCAAAAUCAAACUCUCACGGAAUUCGUCGAGAACGGAGGAGUAACUUAUUGUCCUGAGCUAGUUAGGGAAUACAUUCGAUUUCAGUUCCGUAUUCUCUGCUACAUUUUCUGUUCCAUUUCGAUUUUGGCCACCAUCAACACAAUUCUCCUUCCUCAACCUGCCUACAAACCCGAAAAGCAAGAGAAAGAAACCCUCGCUCAGACUUUGAGUGAGCAGACUCGAAAAUGACAAACACAUUGUGCAUUUCCAUUUCCAGAAUCUACAUUUAAAAUAAUGCGCGAAAAACCGAUGAUGCUUCUCGCGGUCAUCUUCAUCUAUGCCGGAUUCUCCCGCUCUUUCUGGAUUGCAAUCUACCCCACCUGCAUCAAAUUCACUUCGAAACUGGGUGAAAACACGACAAAGCUGUUGGCCGUGAGUUGCAUAGCCACCGGAAUCGGACAAAUCGGCGCGGGAGCCAUCUUCUCCGUCAUCGGAAAGAAGGUCAGAAUAGUGGGAAGGGACUCGAUCGUGGCCAUGGCGUGUGCCAUUCACUUACUCGUCUUCGUCGCCAUUUACCUUUUCUUCCCGGCCGAUGCACCACUUCAUACCACAGAUAAUGUUGGAUACUUUCCCCCGAAGUGAGUUUAUCUGUGAGCAAAGUUGUCAAUGGAAGAUACAAUUCAGUGUCUACGUGGCCAUAAUCUGUUCGGGUCUUCUUGGAUUCGGCGACGCCGUCAUUCAGACCCAAAUCUAUGCAUUUCUCUGUGACGGAUAUUCUCAAGACUCUUCACAUGCAUUUGCUCUUUUCAAAUUUUACAGUGUAAGUGUUGUUUGCAAAAGCCAUUCUGACGUUUACAAACAUCAACAUAUUCCAUUUGCUUUCCUUUCUUUUGCAUAUUGAGCCAGAUCAAAUUCAGCUCAACACAAUAUAUGGGGACAUUGAGCACCUUUCGACCUCAUAAAACAGCAAUUCUAAGGGGCGCUUUCAGAGAAUGCUCCUCAGUAAACAUCACAUAAAUCCUGAUUCCAGGCGAUGUCAUCCACCGUCGCCUUCUACAUCUCCAAAUACUUCACCCUCUCUGGCCAUCUCUCUCUUUAUGGCGUUUUUGCAAUCCUCUCCGCCGUCACUUCUAUUCUUGCACAACGAAUGUAUCUCCACAAGACACAACAUUUCUUCCAAGGUAUUGUCCUUUUCUGCUGUCUGCUACACGGGUGAUUCAUCCCUGUCUCGUUUCAGACAAUGUCAAACAGCCAGUGUCGGGCACCGAGCCCAUAAAGAUCGAAAUAAGUGACAGCGGCUCAACGAUCACUUCUCGUUCCGUUAUUCCGGAGAAGUUCGGCCCCGCCCCCUGCACGAACUAAUUGAUAUUAUUUUAAUGUUCGACAUUAACUCUAUCAGUUUCCGGGUCAAUAAACCAUUUACCUUUUGUGUCGCCCGGUUUAGCAGGCAUGUCGUGCCAACGCGAAGAGGCGGGAACCGACCCAAUCACAUUCAAAUCCAGAACAUCAAAAUGCGUGUGUUGGUUCGCCCUUUUCUUUGUCAUUUUCGUGCUUUCUUCUUCUCCUCAGACUCUUCGUUUUCUUCCAUUUUUCUUUCGAAUUACGCAACAAAACAGUACAUAGAAUUCCGUACAGUUUGAUGGUUUGAUCUCCCGUUCCGACGGAUCAUAAUCCUGCCCUCCUAUCCCAUUCUGAACCUUUGUCCCGCUUUUUAAAAUCUCACGUUCACAAAUGAUCGCAAACUUACAGUAAGAUCAUGGCUCUUUUCACUUCUCAAACUAGGAACGUGCUCCGCGUGUCCAUCUCGAUGAUGGUGCUCUUCUCGGCGAUUCUCAGCCACGAGUUCAUCACGGAACCGCUGAUCGUCGGUAUCUCGAAAGCCGGAUUGGGAGGCAUCCAGGAGCACGACGGUUAUCUGAGUCUGUGCAUUAUUUACUUCUUCAACACCAUCACUUGCCCAUUUGCUCCGUACGCGGUCACUCGGAUAACCGGCAAGUGGGCGAUGGUCGUCGGAAUGUUUUGCAUGGUGUGCUAUCAGGUGAGAAAGGAGAAAUGAGAAAAAGAAACUGGAAAAUGCAGUGGAGUUCCUUGCGAGUUCCGGGAAUGCUUCUGCUGGGGAACAAGGAUCAAAUAUCAUUUUAGACACUUUCAGGCCUUGUACCUCAUACCCAAUCGCUUUCUUCUCCUCUUCAGCUCUUGUAUCGUUGGAACGGGCACCACUUGUAAAUCACACCUUGCUAUUCCAUUAUCCAUUUUCUGGAUUUUUAGUUCUCUGGGUAGGACAAGGCCAAUACAUCACUGACAACGUUUCGGAGAACAAUUUGGAGAAGAACACCUCAAUUCAGUGGGCCUUCUUCAAAAUGAGCCUCGUCUACGGCGGCGUCUUCUUCCUCAUCUUCUUCCAAAACUCUUCGAUCAGUGAUAUUGUGACCAGUGGGCAGGUAUUCCUAAUCGUUCUUUAUUCUGAUUCUCGUCCCUCUUCCACCAGAUGUCCUACUUCAUCUUCGUCUUCUUGGCUUGCUCGGUCAUCUCCAUCAUCAACACAGUUUUCCUCCCGCAACCCGAAAUGGCUCUGAAUCGUAAACCUCAGCCGUUUUUCAAAACAACGAACGACUCUUUUUCUCUGAUGAAAACGCCGAGAAUGAUCUGUUUGGCCCUUUUCUUCUUCUACACCGGAUUCGUCAGAUCAUUCUGGAUUUGUGAGUGAAAACAUCAAAGUUCUGUGCUUGCGUGUUUCUUCUCUGCCAAUCAGUGUUUUAUGCAAAAAGAAGUUGAGUUACGACUUCAUAUUUAUGCGAAGUGACGCCGAACGCCCAAGAAGUUCCUUAUGACCUGCUCUAGUUGGAGCCCGAAAAGAAGUUAAAUCUUUGCAGCCAUCUACCCAACGUGCAUCAAGUUUACCUCACAACUUUCCCCCAACACCACGAAUCUUCUGGCGCUCGGGAUGGUUGUCACUGGCUGCGGACAAGUGUUCGGAUCGAUUUUCGUCACGCUCAUCGGACUGACGACUCGUAAAUUCCGACAGCACGUGUUCGUCCUCUCCGCAUUGACUCUUCACAUUGUUCUCUUCAUUUUGAUCUCACUCUCGUUCCCAAACGAAUCAUCUCUCCGGCAGAAUGACCAGUUCGGACCCGUGUUCCAUCAAAAGUAUUCCAAUAUUGUCGGGAUCUUUUUAAUGUGCUCAUUUCCAGUGUCCUCGGAGCUAUGGCAAUCUCUGCACUUCUCGGCUUCGGAGACGCUAUCCUCCAGACUCAAAUCUACUCGUACAUUGCACAAUACUACAAGAAAGAGAGCAGUUGUGCAUUCGCAGUCUUCCGAUUCUCAAGUGUUCGUCAUUUUGUCAUCAGUUACAUGAAAUUCUUGCUGCCUUUCAGGGAAUCGCCUCCACUAUCAUGUUCUUCUCUGCCCAGUACUUCUACCUCCUCCACCAUAUCAUUCUUCUCAUUUGUUCUGCGUUCAUGGCUGGAAUUGCAGUGCUAGCAAUUUAUAGACUCAGAAAAACUAAAGUUCAAGACAGUAAGAAUUUGAAAACCAAUCUGUAAAUAUUCUGAUAUUGCAGGUUCCGCGUUUGUUGUCUCCGUCUUCACUUCGCAUUCUCCUCUCACUUCGUCAAGAUAA